GACAAGGACAGCAACACCUCCAGUCGCAGACAGGUUGAGGUUAAGGCCACACAGUCUGCGCGGUUGACACUGGUUGACAAGGGGGCCCCCCAGUUACAGUGCAACAAAAUGGUGAAGCUGGAGCUAGCGCAGACGCUGCGCAAGGGGUCGGGGCGCGUGUGGAACGUGAGCUGGCACCCCAACGGCGAGGCCCUGGCCUCGUGCGGCGAGGACCGCUGCAUCCGCAUUUGGGGCCGCGACUUGCUGGGCAAGUGGGGCAACAAGGUGGUGCUGACCGACGGGCACAAGCGCACCGUCCGGCAGGUGGCCUGGUCGCCCUGCGGCAACUUCCUCGCGUCGGCCAGUUUCGACGCCACCACGUGCAUCUGGGACCGGCAGGGCGGCGAGUUCGAGUGCAACGCCACGCUGGAGGGGCACGAGAACGAGGUGAAGGGCGUGGCCUGGUCGCGGUCCGGCCAAUUCCUCGCCACCUGCAGCCGCGACAAGUCGGUGUGGGUGUGGGAGGUGGCCGAGGAGAACGAGUACGACUGCGCCGCAGUGCUGCAGGCCCACUCGCAGGACGUUAAAAAGAUCGCGUGGCACCCCGCCCAGGACCUGCUGGCCUCCGCCUCCUACGACAACACGAUCAAGCUGUUCAGGGAGGACGCGAGCGAUGGGGACUGGAUCUGCUGCGGCACGCUCACAGGCCACGCCUCCACCGUGUGGGGGCUGAGCUUCGAGGCGGACGGGCGCCGAUUGGUCUCCUGCAGCGACGACUCCUCCCUCAAGGUCUGGCGGGGGUACCCGGCGGGGAACCAGGAGGGCGUGGCCGUCCCGGAGGGCGAGUCCACGUGGAAGUGCGUGUGCACCGUCAGCGGCCACCACUCGGGCACCAUCUAUGACGUGGCCUGGUGCCAGCGCACUGGGCUGAUCGCGACGGCCUGCGGCGACGACGCCAUCAGGAUCUUCCAGGAGGAGGCGGGCGGUGACGAGCACGCGCCCAGCUUCGGGCUGGUGGGCGCAGUGGAGCGCGCCCACCAGCAGGACGUGAACUGCGUGGCGUGGAGCCCCACCGUCACGGGGCUGCUCGCCUCCUGCAGCGACGACGGCGACAUCAAGCUGUGGAACGUGAACGAGGAAUAAAGCGAUUUUUUGAA